AUGGUCACUUGGUAUGAUUUGCGACUACGGUUGCAAAAGCAUCAAACUAUUAAUUGUGUAGCACAGCGACAACUUGAGAAAGAAAAGGACCAUUGGAGAAAAGUUCUAUUUAGAAUUCUUUUGAUGGUAAAAUUUCUUGCGAAACACAAUCUUGCAUUUCGUGGUACUAACUCGACAUUGUAUCAAGAUAAUAAUGGAAAUUUCUUAGGCUUGGUUGAAAUGCUAGCUGAGUUCGACCCAAUUAUUCAGGAGCAUGUUAGGCGCAUAACAAACAAUGAAACUCAUGUUCAUUACCUUGGUCAUGGGAUCCAAAAUGAGUUAAUACAUUUGCUUGCUUCUGCAAUUAAGUCAGAGAUAAUUAAAAAAAUUAAAGAAGCAAAGUAUUUUUCCGUUAUACUUGAUUGUACCCCUGAUGCGAGCCACCAAGAACAAAUGUCUCUGAUAAUACGAUAUGUCAAUGCAUCUUCGACUUUUGUUUCCAUUGAGGAAUCCUUUUUACGAUUUUUGGAUGUCAAUGAUACAACUGGGCAAGGGCUUUUUGAUGUUUUGCAGGAAGAACUACGGAAUCUUGACCUGGAUAUAGAUGAUGUGAGAGGACAGAGCUACGAUAAUGGUGCGAAUAUGAAAGGUAAGAAUAAUGGUGUUCAAAGGAAACUUUUGGAUAAAAAUCCUAGAGCUUUUUAUUCAGCAUGUGGUUGUCAUAGUCUUAAUUUGACACUUUGUGACAUGGCAAAAACUUGUGGUAAAGCAAAGGACUUUUUUGGAAUCAUACAACGCAUCUACACAACAUUUGCUAAUUCAACUAAAAAGUGGCAGAUCUUGAAAGAUAAUAUAGAUGAUACAACAGGAUUGACUCUCAAGUCGUUGUCAUCUACUCGUUGGGAGAGUCGAAUAGAUAGUGUUAAAGCUAUAAGAAUUCAGAUUUCGAACAUACGAGAAGCUUUACUGCAAGUAUCUGAUAUUGAUAAUGAUCCAAAAACUAGCAGUGAAGCUAAAUCUCUCGCGAAUAAUGAACUUGGUGAUUUUGAAUUUUUAGUAGCUAUUGUUAUUUGGUAUGAAAUACUGUAUGCCGUCAAUCUGGUCAGCAAGAACUUACAAUCAAAGGAUAUGCUUAUUGAUGUUGCUAUUGAGCAAGUGCAGGGGCUAAUUACCUUUUUUAAUGGGUAUAGAGACACUGGUUUUUGUAAUGCAUUGGAAACAGCAAAAGAAAUUGCACUUGAAAUGGAGAUCGAUCCUACAUUUCGUCAAAAGCGUGAGUUUAAAAGAAAGAAACAAUUUGACGAAAACCCAGAUGAUGUGCUAUCAGUUCACUUACAACAUGAUUUGAGCAAUAUGAAUCAUUCCAAAAGAACUUUGGUUUUUUAUUUACUUCUAAUGCACUAA